ACGUGCCUUAAUGGAAGAUUUUGAGAUCUUGCCAGCAUCGAGUUCACGAGAUAAUUCUUCUCAAGUUCAAAGUUCCUCACGAGAAUCAAAUCUUUCAAGCUCUACCUCAAAAUCUCAAGAUCUUGAAAAUACUUUUGAACUUAUUGAUUCCCCCAAUGAAACUAAUGCUGAGACAAAGAUAAAAAAAGCUACUAAUAAAAAUCCAGCUAGCGAAGACUCGCUCGUUUUUCCUGUUUUACCCUCAACUCAAAAUGAAGGAGAAUCUGAUAUGUACCUGUCCUCGGAUUCAUCAGACGCUAGUGAAAAUUCGCGGAAAUUGCUCACCAAAUUUAGAAAUUUCAAACGUCAUCAGUUUAAUAUUCCCGUCACUUUUCGUGUCAUGUAUGUUGGUGAAAACGUUUCCGAGUGGAGUAAGCGUGGUGUAUUCUUAAAAAUAGGCGAAAGUUUAUCGCAAAUAUUUUGCGAUGAGGCGGAGGAAGCAAUUACAGCGAAUGAAAUUGGCAUAGAAAAAAUGUUGAUCAUCUACCCAAAUGACGAUGAUGGCAAAUUAAACUUUGGAUAUCGUCACGAUUCGGGUGUUACGCUCUGUGAAGCAGAUCUCACAAAUGGACCCUACAGUAGAGUGUUUGAGCAUUUGCAAAAUCAAUUCAAAAAAACGGAACUUGAUGCCAAUUUGAUUGACUUAUGUGUCGUUUUUAUUCCUCCUGAUGUGGCUAAUAUCUCAUCAGACUUUCUAUCUACAAUGAAAAAGUUACAGGACAAGGUUACAUUGUUUCCGAUAAUCGCUUUGAAUGAAAAAGAAAAUUAUUUCAAAGAUGAACGUGAGGAAAAGCGUCGUGCGAUCUUAAAGUGUCUAGAAGAUAAUGGUAUUGAAAUUUUUAUAUGGAAAGCUGACGAGAUGAUUGAAGAUGGCAGGAAUGGUGAAACCAAUCCUCGCUGGGUUGAAACCGUUUAUACUAAAAAAGUAUUGACAGUUGAAGACUUUACCGCACUUGACACCGAAACUGUCUACGAAGAUUUACAACUCUUGCGUUUGCGUGCUAUCGAGUUUAGAAAAGAGCGGCUGCGUCGUGAACGAGAGAAAAGGAGGUCACAGAAAUGCGGCGUACUUAAAGAUAUAACCAUUAUGUGCAUUGUUCUUUAUGUUGUUUAUUUAUCCCUAUCUUUUAUCUGGCAUUAUGCUGAAUGGUCAGUUGUUCCAUCCGAUUUAGCUCAAUCUCUUCACACUGUAUCACGAGCUUCACUAAAAACCCAAAACCACAAUGGACCACAAACCAUUCCCUUGGACAACGGUGAAAUGGGGCCUCUUAUUGAAGUAAUUCAAGAAACUUCCAGUAGAUUUACUUUCGAGAUAUUGAAUAAGAAACAAGUCGUUAAUGCACAAAAUGAAAAUUUCGAGGUCUUCGUUACCCACUAUCCGCGUCAAGUGUUGGGACGUUACUCAGUGAUUGAAUUGGGUGAUGGAAGGUAUUCGUUUGAUAUUGACACUACCGGAGCUCAAGGAGAUGUAAAGAUCGAGAUUAAAAGAAAUGAGCAACUGAUCAAAGUAGUGCCUUGGUCUCCUAGGAAGAAAGACAAUGAAAAACCCAAGGACACUUCAAUAACCGAACAGAAAGGCGAUUUCUACAAUACUCUUAAUGUCGCCAUGCUUGAUAUAAGCCGAAAAAUCAAUAAUUCCUAUGAACUUAUAAAGGAUGGGUUACACAGAACAGCUGUAUAUGUCGGGAAUGAAUUACUUGCAGUAUAUGCCUUCAUGGGUAAAUAUGUGCCUGAGGUUUCUGAAUAUGUCUUGGACGAAGUGAGAUUAUGGCUUUAUUAUGCUUUAGAAAUAACGAAAAAUCUUGCCAACUACACGAGAGAUGUCAUUGAUUAUGGUGUAAGGAGAAUGAAAAAAGGUGCAUUUCGAAUGGCGCGAAUUGUAAAACAUAAAUUUGAUUCUCUUGGGUGGACGGUUUGA